AUGUGGAGACCCGCGACCCGCGAAGUGAGUGGUACGAACGAAACGCCUCUGGGUAAUCGUCGUCGCUUCGGUCCUGCCCCAGUGGAGGAGACCGCACCACCGCAGCUUGCACAGCCAUCUCCUUCAGCUUAUCCUCGCCCCACUCCGCAAAAUGACAGAGAUUCCAGUAGACAUGACCGCGGAGAGUCUCCUGUUAAUACUAACGCAUCAGCUGAUCCAAAUGCACCCCGCAAACGCCGCAGUCGUUGGGGCGAUGCGAAGACCGAUAUCCCCGGGUUGCCUACCGCUAUCUCUGCCAACGGUGUAUCUCAAGCUCACCUCGACAACUAUGCGAUCCACCUUCGCUUGGAGGAGAUCAAUCGCAAGUUGAGGUUGAAUGAUUACGUUCCUCCAGAGCGUGAACGUUCUCCAUCUCCCCCUCCCACAUAUGAUGCACACGGUCGCCGUACGAACACCCGGGAAGUACGUUACCGCAAGAAGCUAGAGGAUGAACGUAUCAAGCUCGUCGAUCGUGCUAUGAAAAAUGAUCCUAACUUCCGUCCUCCUGUUGAAUAUCACCAGCAAAAGCGCUCGCAGCGUCCAUCUGAGAAGGUUUACAUUCCUGUCAAAGAGUUCCCCGAGAUUAACUUCUUCGGUUUGCUCGUUGGUCCUCGUGGCAACAGUCUGAAGAAGAUGGAGAGAGAUAGCGGCGCAAAGAUUAGUAUCAGAGGGAAAGGAAGUGUAAAGGAAGGCAAGGCCAGACCUGAACAGUACGCAGAAGACGCCGAGGAAGAUCUUCACUGCCUUGUCACUGCUGACACCGACGACAAGGUUACUCUUUGCGUGAAGCUGAUCAACAAGGUUAUCGAAACGGCUGCGUCCACUCCGGAGGGUCAGAAUGACCACAAGCGCAAUCAGCUCCGCGAACUGGCUGCUUUGAACGGAACCCUACGCGAUGACGAGAAUCAGAUCUGCCAGAACUGCGGUGGUGUCGGUCAUCGCAAGUAUGACUGUCCGGAGCAACGCAACUUCACUGCCAACAUCAUCUGCCGCGUAUGUGGAAGCGCUGGACAUAUGGCCCGUGAUUGCACUGUCAACAGGGACCCCAAUGCUGUCCAUGCUCCACCGCCUCCGAUGUUGAAGGGCGGUUUCGACUCGGAGUACGCGAGCCUCAUGGCAGAGCUUGGAGAGGGAGGCAAGGGGCUAGGGGGAGAUAGCGGGAAGACACCCUGGGCAGGAUCUGCAGGACAUGACAUCACUGCGGGCGGUUCGAACAUUCCCCCUUGGCGCCGUCCUGAAGUAUGGCAAAGCAGCAGCGUACCCGCUAACCCGCAGAACAACGGUUACCGUCCGCCGCAAGCCCCCUAUGGCGGCUAUGGAGGCGCAGCGGGAGGUUAUGGACCCAAUUCCCAGCAGUGGGGAGCUCAGCCCGGCUAUAGUCAGGGUAACGCUUACUAUCAACAGCCGCAGGAUUACUCCUCCGCCAACUACGCUCAGUACUAUCAAAACCAGUAUUCUCAGCAGCAGAGCGGUACCCCAUCUCAUUAA